UUUCUCCUUCCCCAGCCAGCCAAUGAAAGGGCUGAGCUCCCAGCAUGCAGUGGUUAUCAACACGGCGGCAGCUGCAGCAGCUGUGCGGCUCGCGCUGCAGAGAAGCAGGAGCGGGAGCCGAAACCAGGCCGGGGCGCAGGUGGUGCAGAGCCGGGGCCGGACGGAGCUAAGCGCGGGAGGGCCCGAUUAAGCCGAGCCGAGCCUGAGGCUGAGGAGCCCGAGCUGAGCGCGAGGCCGGACGGCGGAGGCGGAGGCAGCCCAGAUCGGGGCCGGCCCUCUGGGAGCUCAGGGCGGCCGGGACCCCCGCUCGGCUUUUUGGAUCCGCGCCCUCCCCGCUGACGGCUCCAAAGCCCAGCUUGGUCAGCGGAAGCCCCCGUGUGGGAGGGCCGGACCGCUCCGGAGCCUGCUCGUCCGCGCCGCAGUCUCCCCGGGGCCUGGGAACGAGACCAAGGGCCAUGGCCGAGGCGGCCCCUGCCCCGUCUCAGGAAUGGGACACCAGCAUACAACACCCAGCGCCUCCAGCAUCUCCUACAGUCCCUCAGCGAGAAGCCCAGAUCCAGUCAGCUGAAAUCUCACUGCUGGCUAUCCUGGCUUCCAUUCAGGCUGUGGAGCAAAAGGUAGAGUCCCAGGCUGCCCGCUUACAGACCCUGGAGGGGCGGACAGGGACGGCAGAGAAGAAGUUGGUUGAUUGUGAGAAGACGGCAGUGGAGUUUGGGAACCAGCUAGAGGGCAAAUGGGCCGUGCUGGGCACCCUACUCCAGGAGUAUGGGCUGCUUCAGAGGAGGCUGGAGAACAUGGAGAACCUGCUGAGAAACAGGAACUUCUGGAUCCUGCGGCUUCCCCCAGGCAGCAAGGGCGAGGUCCCCAAGGUACCUGUGAUUAUUGAAGAUGUGGCUGUAUAUUUCUCAGAGCAGGAGUGGGGGAACCUAGAUGAGUGGCAGAAGGAGCUCUACAAACAUGUGAUGAGAGGAAACUAUGAAACAUUGGUGUCCUUGGAUUAUGCCAUCUCCAAGCCAGAUCUCUUAUCCCGAAUUGAACAAGGGGAGGAGCCGUGUGGCCAAGAGCUCUCGAACACAGAGGAAAGAGAGAACCCAGUCCAUCCCAGUGCUGAAACAGGUACACUGGUUUCUUCUCAAGAUGUACUUCCCUGGAUUAAGCAAGAAGGGGGAUGCGGGAGGAGUCAACAGAGUCUCCAAGAGAGUGAGAUCUCUACCGACCUCUGCACAGCAGAGGACUGGCUGGUCAGUAAAGAGAAAGAAAAGAGCCAGGAGAAGGGGUCCAAGGACCUGGAGCCAAGUUGGGUUCUGCAGGGCCGAGACAAGGAGAGCCUUCAUCAAGCCCCAGAUCUGGGCUUAGGAGGGGGGUCUUGUGAGAACCCCUGCAGUUCGUCCCUCCUUAGAGGUCCAGCUGGCAAAUCUGCCCCAUGGGAACGAGACUUCAGUGCCCUACCUCCUAGUCCCUACUGUCAAGAUGUUCCAGCAUCAGUUUCUGUGGAAAGGCCUUAUCCCUGUGCUGAAUGUGGCCAGAGCUUCAGCCGGAAGGAGCACCGCACCCAACACCAGCAAGCUCUCCACAGCCCUCGUCCCUUUGCCUGUCCUCAGUGCCCCAAGAGCUUUGCCCAACAAGCCACCCUCACCAGUCACUUCCGCAUACACACAGGUGAGCGAGCCUACACCUGUGCCCAGUGUGGGAAGAGCUUCAUCCACCAGUCUACUCUUACUACGCACUACCGUACCCACACUGGUGAGAAACCCUAUCCCUGUGCAGAAUGUGAGAAGCGUUUCAGCCGAUUGUCGACCCUUUUGGAGCAUCGGCGGACCCACACUGGUGAAAAGCCUUACCAGUGCACUGAAUGUGAACGUCGCUUCAGCCGCUUAUCCACGCUGGUGGAGCAUCGGCGGACCCAUACUGGUGAAAAGCCCUAUCAGUGUGCUGAGUGUGAAAAACGUUUCACGAGGCUGGCUAACCUGACGGUACACCAGAACACCCACUCUGGCGAGCGCACCUACAAGUGUGCCCAAUGUGGUAAACGCUUUGCGCAGAAACCCAGUUUCUUGCGCCACCUGCGCAGUCACACACAAGAAAAGCUUUACCCGUGUGGGCAGUGUGGCAAGAGCUUCAUUUGCCGCUCCUGGCUGGUUCGGCACCAGGGCAGCCAUGUUGGUGAGCUGCCCCGUCCCUGUACUGAAUGUGAGAGGGGCUGCCCACCAUCUAAAGACCCUCCUGCUGGCCACCUUGGGGGUGGGGGCCAGGAAAGACUGCAGAGUCCUGAAGGCCUCUUGGGAAAGCAUGAUGGAGAAGGUGCCAGGACUGGGCAAGACCAAAAGGGGCGCCGAGGGGCCAGAGAACCAGGGAGUAGUGCCCAAGUGAGCCUUGGGGAGUCAUUGCACAACCCCCAUUCAUAUGUGAAGAUGGAGAAUGUGGGCUAGCAUCCUUGGGAAAACCCUUCCCAGGGCCGAGGGCCAGGUAGGGUAAACUCUCUCUUCUGGAGAAUUGAAAGCUCCAUCUCGUUGGAAGGGAAUAUGGGGCACGGACAUAGCGUCUCUGGGCAUGAACAACCAGAUUUUCUCAGGAAGGAAAACUGAUGAUAAGGGGUGGGAUGAAGCACUUGAGGGGGUUUCUUUCUGAAAGCCCAGGAGAUGCACUGAAUGGGAGCACUCCUCCCAGUUGAGCUUUCAUUAUACUCUGGACUGACCAAGCUGACUGCAAUGACACCAGGGGAGUAGAUCCUGGACGGGUGGGAACGGGAUGGAAAUACAGACUUUACUCUCCUCACUGUUCUGAGGUGGGAAGCUCAGGCCUGUGGUUGCUAACUGUUUCCUUAGAAGCCAUGAGUUUUUAAGGGGAGUAAACUUUUAACUAUGCAGAUUAUGAAGCACUUCCUCAGAAUGGAUUGAAGGUUCCCCAUUGACAGGUAUUCUAGUUUUACUGGUCCCUAUCAUCUCAUUUUUAAAUGACACUGCAGGGACCAGUGCUCUUCUUUUGUACCUCUGUACCCUUCACUAAUCCCUGUCUUGCCAUGAAGGCAAGGGCUGGAGGAUUCUCAUAGCUCUGCCCUCACUUAGAUGUGUGUAGAUGGGCAGUGGUUGCCAGAGCUCUCCAGAGGAAUUAACUAAUGCUUCCUGUGCCACCUGGCUUGGACAACGUAAGGACACAUGGGCUCAGUAUUGGCACGUGCUUGUUUUGCCUUCCAGCUCCCUCCUCUAUGAAACGAGAUUGUACCAGAUGACCUCUAGGUUCCCUUCCAGUUCUGAAUCUACGAUCCUGAGAACUCUUCCUGAAAGUAUUCCUGUGACAUUUGCACUAGGUAGUGCCCCUGGGUACUCACAGGCCUCCUCUGAAGGUAUCUGAAGUUUCACUAAGGAUGAGCUUUACCUAGCACAGAUUUCUGAUUCCAAGGUAAUUAUGAUCCAGCUGCAGAUGGGCCUGGAGCUCAUACCACAUCUACACCUGGUUCUGUUUGUUUGUUUUUCAGGUUUUUGUUGUUGUUUUUGUUUUUGCCUCAGCUGUAUUUGAGAUUUCUAAACUUUAAUAAAGCGCAGUAUUUUGGUUUUUCA